AUGCCAGACGCGUCCGUCCCCGACACCGCUCCCACUCCCAAGCCCCCUGCUAUUCGUACCCUCAAGGACAUUGAGUGCUGGGGGCACCGCGGCGCCUCCGCCUUCCUCCCCGAAAAUACGCUGGCCAGUUUCCAAGCGGCCAUCAAGGAGGGCGCCGAGGGCAUUGAGAGUGACGUCCAUAUCACGUCCGACGGCGUGAUUCUCAUGUUCCACGACCCGACUCUGGACCGCACCACCACGGGUACUGGUGCGAUCCACACGCAGCCGUGGAAGGGCGUCAUCGAGGAUGUGCGCACCGUCAAGGAGCCCGUUCAGCCCAUCCCCCGCUUUGACGAGCUGAUUGACCUCCUCAUGCUCCCCGAGAACCAGCAUGUCAUUCUCAACAACAACCCCGAGGAGAUGUUCCCCGAGAUGGCCCGUAUCAUUGCGUCGCAUGAGAACUGGGAGACGGUUCUUGCUCCUCGUCUGAUCCUCGGUCUGUGGCACCCGAUCUUCAUUCGCCCCGCAUUCAAGUACCUCCCCAAGCUCCGUCGCUACCACAUUGGCAUCUCGCCCUCGCUCGCCCGCAAGUACUUCUGGGACGCGUGCGAGGGCUUCUCGAUCGCCUUUGCGAUGCUCAUCGGCUCGGACGGCCAGGCCUUCAUUCGUGACUGCCGUGCCGCAGGCAAGGAGGUUUGUGUCUGGACAGUCAACGACCCCAACGAGAUGCGUACUGCUAUCGGCUGGGGUGUCAAGGCCGUCCUCACCGACAAGGUCGCUGCGUUUGUUUCACUCAAGCGCGAGAUCCUUGCCGACGAGUCCAAGCUUGCCAUCCCGGGCCUGUCGGGCUACCUCUUCCCGUGGUCCAACUGGAAGUACUACUCGGCCACCCAUUUGUGGCUGGAGCGCACGCAGCUUGAUGUUCUCCGCACUCUCUGCUUCCAACCGGGCCCACUCGUCACGUCCGACAUCUCCGAGUACGCAACCGCCAACGACAACGACGACCUCAAGGCUGCCCCGGCCGCUGUGGCCGCGGCUUAA